CGCGAGUAGUUGCAUACUGAUGAGAAAUGGAUAACAUCACAGUAAGACUGAUAUAGAUAAAGGAUGUUAAAUAAAUGAUUAUCAGCACAUGAAACAGGAAAAUGGCGGAAGGUGGCGAGCUUAGAAAAUCCUUGCCAGUGUUUGACACACCACACUGUCUUAUUCGAAAUGACGGAAAUGGAUUGUUCAUUGACAAGUCAGUCAACGAGCAGCUAUCACAGAUCGAAGAAGUCGUCAACGUUAUUGCCAUUACUGGUCCAGCCAGAACUGGUAAAUCAUUCUUGAUGAAUAGACUGGCUAAAUCACAAACAGGUUUUCCACUUGGAAACACAAUACACUCAAAAACAAAAGGAAUAUGGGUUUGGUGCUUAAACCAUCCUAUCCAUAAGGACCAGGUCAUGGUUUUACUGGAUACUGAAGGUAUCGGAGAUGCAUUGAAGCAAGACGACAGCAAUGACAACAAGAUACUUUGCCUAGCAGCUCUUCUAUGUAGCACAUUUGUCUACAAUAUGAAAGGGGUUUUUAAUAGGGAUACACUAGACAAACUUUGUUUUAUUACACGCUUCGGAAGUAAAGUGAUUGUAUCCAAGGAUAAACAGAAGGAUGCUUUGACGUCGGACAUUAGCUUCUUUCUUCCAAAAUUUGUAUUAUGUUUGAGAGACUUUUCCCAUGAUCUCUGCCAGAUGGAACCUGAUGAUUAUCUCAAAAGUGUACUAGCUUUAGACCCAGAGGGUGAUCCGAAAUAUAACGAAAUUCGCAAAUGUAUUCAUGCGUUUUUUCCAAACAUAAAAUGCUGCAUAUUUGAUCCACCAGCAACCGGACGAAAGCAACUUGCUCGUUUGGACACAUUAGAAGAGACAGAUCUUUCUGAAUGCUUUUUAAGGGAUACAAAAGUAUUCAUCGAUGUUGUCUACGCUUGCAAACCGAAACAACUACUUGACGGCAAGAUGUUAAAUGGGCGCAUGUUGUCCUCGCUCGUAAAAACGUAUGUAGACAUGAUUCGUACAGAUGGUGUGCCCUGCAUUGAUGACGCCUUUACGAUUAUGGCUAAACAAGAAAAUCAAGCAGCUGUAGUCAGAGCAGUUGAAGUAUUCAAAGAACAUAUGGAUCUGAUACAAAUUCCUAUAUCGAAGAUUGGUGAUUUCGAGAAAUCGUGCAAAAGAGCUAAAAUAGUUGCUAUGAAAAAAUAUCGUGAGAUGUCUGUCUUGGAUGCUGAACAAGAGUUCUGUAAAAUGGCUGAGAAAAAAAUGGAUGACAUUAGGGAUCAGAUACUCGAAGAAAGCAAUCAGAGAAAAAGAAAAGAAUAUGAAAGCAUAUUGCAGAGCAAAUAUGACUCGGAAAUAAAGCCCAAAGUACAAAGUGGGAGAUACGAUUCCGAUACCGGAUAUAAAACAUUCAAAGAUGAUGUUUCUGCAAUGAUAGUGCAGGCUAGAGAAGGAAUUGAUAACGUUGAUGAUAACAUGCUAAAGGGAUGUAUUCUGGAGUUUCGGGACAGAUAUGAAGAGCACGAAGCGCUUCUUUACAACAUAGCGGAAAAAACAAAAAUAGACAAAGAGGUCGCAGCAGAGAAAGAAAAGAGGGUAGUAGAGAUGGAACGUGAUACACAAAAUCUAAAAUUACAUGUAGAAGCUUGGAAAAAAGAAAUGAAGUCAAAAGAAAACGUACGAGAGGAGGAGGUAGGAAGAAAACUUGGUCAGAUUCUUAAAGGAAAAGAAGAAGGAUUCGUUGAUGAAAGGCGUAUUUAUCAAAAAGAGAUAGCGAAGCUGAGAAAAGAAAGAGAGGCAAAUAAACUAACAGCUGGUAAAUUUGCUGCAAGAGUAGUAUCAAGUUUGUUUCCGGUCGUUGGACCAAUUGUCUACAGUACGUAUGAGUAUAAGUCACACAACAACGUAUCUGAGUCCGAUGAAGAAGUGUCUGCAUAUAAGUUCGACUGAACAGUCACUGACAGUAUGCUUCUACAGGACGAUUAUUCAAAAAUCAAAGUAAAUAUAGCGUAUACAUACAUAGUUAGAUCAUGCCUUGUAAAAGGAAAGAAUAUAUUUUAAUUACCCGAAUAAAUUUUACUGGGCUUGGGUUUAAAGGUACACAUUUUCAGGAUUAUUCAUAGAACAUAAGGAAAAUUUCUUCAAUUAGGCAAAAGGUGCUGAGGUAUAUCCAUAUCGUACAUACUUUUAAUAGAAUAUUUUACAAGUUUUCACAUGUCGAAAUUUAAUUUUAAUGCAGUCUAGAAUUUAUAACAAACUUAUGUUGCAUUCAGAAAUUAUGGAUUGUCAUUAAUACAAAUAAUUCUGUUACACUCCGAAAAUGAAUCCGUAAUACCAGAUAUUUACAGCCAUUGGAAUAAAACCGCAAUUUCAAAUUUUUAUGGGGCACUGGCAAUUUUUCAAAGGGGCUCUGCCUUUAGGGCAGCACCGAAUUUCAUAUUAUGGUAUUUCAUCUGAAGAGAAAUUGUCACGUUACUGUUUAGAUAAAUUUGUUCACAGGUUGCCAUAAAUUCAUGAAAUUAUUUUUGUUACCGUAGUCAAUGCUUUACUAUACGUUAUUCGGAUAAAUGCCGUUAUACAUUUACUUCCAGGUUAUCAAAUGUACAGAACUACUUUGAGAUAUUCUUUAACGACAAUAUUUUUAAAGUUACCCAGACUGAGAACAAAUUUAUAUAAAGUAUAUUAUAAAUAAACUGUUUAUGCGUAUCACGUGCAAACAUAGAUAUUUGAAGUAAGGGACUAGCAGUAACUCACACAGAGAAUGAUAAAAGAUAUUAGUCAAGAUAAAUUUCUUAGCGUCCAUCAGUUAGAACCACAGAGCUAUUCUAGUGUUGUCCGUCUCAUUCUGAAAGCUGUGAUUGCUUUAUAGACCCACCACAACUUUUCAAAAUUAUUUUGAAAGUACUGAUAUAAUACAGCUAUAUUACAAGAUGACAGAGGGACAAUUUAUACCCUCAAUGAAUUGAUGUCUUUUCUUUCAGAACUUGCAAACUUAUACAGUCAAUCUCUUUUCAAUAUAGAUUUAAAAGCAUAGAUGAAUGAUAAUCCUACUUAGUACAUUACAUACUAUGCAUAAUGCUACAUUCAUUCAGUAAGAUGUUUAGACAUUACCGGUAAACACAUCAUCUUGGCCUAAUGUCACUGUCAGUUUGUAACGAGAAACUGUAUUCAUGCAAACCAUGUAUAAUUGCCAUCGCGGAAAUGUAAAAGAGUAAAGUAAUUCGGUGGUGCAUCUUUAUAAUUCAGAAACACUGUGUUGAUUAUGGCAGAGGGUAGUUAUUCAUCAUACCCUACCGAUACUGUAACCUACGACCAUACCAUGUAGUGGAAACGACCGGUUUUGUUAAGCAGAAUAAACAUGAUUUAACUCGCACGAGAAACCUGACUUCAGAAAAUUCUUUCUUGCAUGCCGGACAGGAUUUUCCCGUGCUUUUCCUGUGCUUAAAAAAUGACACACGUGCAAUGCGGAAUUUUGAGUGUAAAUUGUAAUAUUUCUAACUGAUAAAUAUCAAUAGUCACUGAUUGAUUUUAAAACCAUUUUUAUUACAAAUAAAUGAAUAUGAUGAUUUAAGUUGAUCUUUGUAUAAACAGAUACAAAAAGUAAAAGAAAGAAAAUAACAAAAUAUAGAAUUUCUAAACAAAGGAGAUACGCGAACAGCUUAACUGUCGCUCGGAUACGUAUCUUAGUCAAUCUACUUGUCGGAUUCUUAUCGUCUUUUGUAGACUUAUAAAUUAUGUUAAUCCCAGUUCUGCAGGAUUAAUGAUAAGUUAUGAAUUAACAGUCCACUUUAAGUGCAGAGGUUACGUCAGAUAAGAGAUGCCGUCUGCUAAGGUUAUGAAGAUCUGUUUCAAUUCCACCUGUAGUCUGUGAAUUGUGGAAUGAUCCAAAGCAGGGUCAGGUAGCCCUAGUAACUCAGAUAAUGCGCUUUAAUGACUGGCAGUAGAUUUUGACUAAACAAUACAAUCCUAUUGCAAUAAAAGUCCAUCCCACUGUCCGCAGGCAUCAGAGGCUGUGAAAUUUUGUUGUUUAUAAAUCUUGUUGAAAUGAAAUAUUGGGAAAUGGACAUGAUCUUAUAUCUUUUUUAGGUAAGUCGUUUGUUUUGGGGUUUUUUUUCUUCCUAAAAAUAUUUGCUAACUCAUUUUGCUUGAGAUUUAUGAUAAAUAACUGAUUGUUUAAAACUAUUUGAAAAUGUUUCAUUUGUCUAUGAUUUGUAUUUGUUCCGUAUAUACAGUUUAUUUGCAUGUUUUACAUAUCAGUUUGAUGUAGUCUUUUAGUUAGAUUUUUGUACUUCGGCUACUCUGGCUUAAUUCUUCUUUUCGGCUAAUGAUAUUUGAGAAUUUUGAUAGGUGACAACCUGAUUGUUUGAUUUUAAAAUAUUUGUAAAAUCUUGAUAACAUGGGACCAUUGACCAUGGUGAGAAAAUUAGACUUUUAGAAGGCUGUCGUCUUUAAAAUGUGUCAUGAUAACAGAUCUUAUAUUUUCUGAUUAAAAAUUGAAAAGAUUUAUCUUAAUUCAUGAAAACAUUCCUUUGAAUUGAAAAGUGUUGUAUUUAUUUGCUGUUCUGUAUGGUUAUUCAUUUGUUAAUAUCAGAGGCUGUGAAAUUUUGUAGAUUAUAAAUCUUGUUGAAAUAAAAUAUUCGGAAAUGGA